GCGAUUCAUGUUUCGGCGGAGACGGGGAAGAGGAAUCUUCUUUACGGGGAAGAAGUCGGGUCGGAGGUGGACCGGAAACGGCGAGCGGAUGGAGGAAGAGGAGGGUAACGAGUGUCCUCCCGAGAACCAAGAAAAGAAGCCGCGUGAAGGCGGAGGCGGCUGGGGCUUCUCCUCGUUCUCCAUUUUCUCGAAUCUCCAGAAGGCCGCCGAAGAGAUCUCCAUAAACGCAGUUGAAGCCAUCAAGAACGCGGGCACCACCGACUUGCAGAGCAUGGACCCUGAUGCUGCGCAAGAGCAAGAGCGCAAAGGGGGAGAAGACGAAAGUGAGAACAAUAAACUUCGCAAGUCCGCGUUGGAUAGAUUGGAGAAAGCCAGUGACGAUUCUCUGUUCGGUCAGGGUCUCAAGGUAUUGGACAAUUCAGUGGAAACUUUUGCUUUCGGAGCAUGGAGUGCAUUGGGUAAUGCUUGGAAGGGGGGUUCGAGGCUGGUCGGUAGGUUGGAGCAUUCUGCUGCAAAUCUUGCUGAUUCCAUGCAGCACGGAGACCUGCCUGGCAAAGCCACUUCUCUUGCUCCAUCAAUUAUUGAGACUGGGAAGACUUUUACAACAAAGGGAAUGGAAGUCCUUGAGCGGGUUGGAAAAGAGACGAUGGACCUGCUCAUUGUUGAGACUGGUCUUGAAGUUGAGAAGGACCCCGUUAACCAACAAGCUGACGAAGAAGAGUUUGAGGAAGUAACGUUUGACAGGUGCUUUUACAUUUAUGGAGGUCCUGAUCUUCUUGAGGAACUGGAAGCACUGUCAAGUCAUCAUGUUUUACUAUUUAACAGGCGAAAAACAAAACUUUUGGCAGAACAGAAAUCCCUCUAUAAUGCUAAACUGCUACAGGUCCAGAAAUUCUUCAGUCUGGGCACCAUCGCUGAAGAAAAUGGAGUUGAUCCAGAUAUAGGAAAUGUUAUUGAGACAACAGCUGGUGACAGUGAUACUGAGAUGAAAAGGUUAUGUGACUCGAGUGUCAAAAGGGCUGCUGACAUUGCUGCAGGGUUCACAUCUUCUCUUGGGGGACUUACUGAAGAUGAUAUAAUUCAGCGAGCUACUGGCAGACUUGAGACAAUCCACUCAGAGUGUAUCCAUAGAUUGUCAGAACUCUGUUGUUCUGCAAUAUCUCAACUUCUGGCUCUUGGAAAAUCAGUCAUUUCAAGUGCAAACAAAGCAAAGAAUGAAGAAAUAAGCGGUGAUUCUUUGAAGAUUGAUUGGCCUGAAGAUUCUGCCUUAAAAGCUAAGGUUAUAAGAUACAAGGCCCAGUCCAUGACUGGAGACAUGGAAACGGUUUCUAAUAGUUUUAUUACAGGAAUCUCAGACAUACUAGAAGCAUAUCUGACAGUCAUACAAAGUGUUUCUUCUGAUAAACAAGUGGGCCUCCCGCAUACUUCAGUUCAAGAAAAGGCAAAUGUUAUUACGAACCAUUUCCGAGCUGGCCAAACCAGUGCUGUGGAGAAGAUUCAGGAUGCUCUUCACUACCUGACAUAUGUGGUUCUCUCUACCUCCAUGCCAACUGUAUGAUAUUCAUGAACAAUGGAUAAUUUUUCUAAUUCAGUACGGUUCGCUCAUCAAGAUUGAAUUUAUUUGACUGCUUUAACCCUCAGCCAGCUGUGGAUUAUAUAUAUUUGCAAGGUUUUGUUUUCAUGUCAUUUAAAUAUCAUUGUAGCUUAUGUAGUGUUGUGCCAACACUUGAUCUUCUUGAUAUUUGUUUAUAACUAGUGUAAA